CCAUUUAGUCCCAGCAAUAAUUAUUCUUUGGUGUAACCUUCCCUUCUUCUUCUUCUUCUUUAUAUAAUACCCCUAUCAAUUCAGGUUAACCAUAGUCACUCACAAAAAAUGACCGAGAAGGUUGUUUAUGGUUCAUGGUCCACUGGUUUAUGUGACUGCUUCUCAGAUUGCAGCUCUUGUUGUCUCACUCUCUGGUGUCCCUGUGUUAGCUUUGGAAGGGUAGCUGAGAUCCUGGACAAAGGCUCAACUCCUUGUUGUGUUCAUGGAUCACUGUUCUGUGUUCUUGCGAUGUUUACUCAUGUGGGAGGCUGUAUCUAUUCGUGGUUGUAUCGUGGAAAAUUGAGGGAGGUGUAUGGGAUCGAGGGACACCAUUGUAGUGAUUGUUUGGUCAGUUGUUUUUGUCCCCAUUUAUCCAUCUGUCAGGAGUAUCGUGAGCUCAAAGCCCGUGGAUUUAACAUGUCUGCUGGUUGUGAUGGAAACGUGCAAAUGCAAACGCGUGGCGUGACUUCAGCACCGGCAGUGGAAGGUGGCAUGAGCCGUUGAGUUAAAAUUCUCCUGGGUUUGUCGGAAUAUGUGAAAAUGAAAUAAAGUGUUCGUAGAUUUUGAGGUAGUUUGGUUGUAUUUUUGUACUGAUAGCACUGGAUUAGAGAGAGCAUCGUGUUUUUUGAACUGUUGAUCAUGUUCAAUAAAUUAUUACCUUGUUUAAUAUUUAAGAACAUGAACCUGUAUUUAUUAUACCGUGAAACAAUGAAAAUUUCUGGAGUA